CGGCGGCUGAGGGCGGGGCCUGUUGUCGCGGGCCGGGCGCGCUUCCGGCGGGGCGGCGGUUGCUCCGGAAGCGGUGCUGGCGGCCGCCGGUGACCCGGAAGCGCUGCGCGGGGCGGGGCUGCGGCGGAUGAUGGCGGCGGAGGAGCCUCAGCAGCAGCCGGAGCCGCUCGGCGGCGACGCGGACGGUGUGAACUGCCUGGCCUACGAUGAGGCCAUCAUGGCGCAGCAGGACCGGAUCCAGCAAGAGAUCGCGGUGCAGAACCCGCUGGUGUCGGAGCGGCUGGAACUGGCCGUGCUCUACAAGGAGUACGCGGAGGACGACCACAUCUACCAGCAGAAGAUCAAGGACCUGCUCCAGAAAUAUUCGUACAUCCGGAAGACGCGGCCGGACGGGAACUGCUUCUAUCGGGCCUUUGGCUUCGCCCACCUGGAGGCGCUGCUGGAGGACGGGCAGGAGCUGCAGCGGUUCAAGGAGGUGUCAGCGCGGAGCAAGGAGGAGCUGGUGGCUCAGGGCUUCACCGAGUUCACCAUCGAGGACUUCCACAACACGGUGGGACACGGGACACGCGUGUGCGGGGCGUGUGCGCGGGUGACAC